UCACACAUCUCAACAACCAUUUAAACAAAAAAUCGAAACCAAACCAAAUCUAAAAUAUUUUCCAUGGCGUUGAGCUCAGCUUCUUCUUCGCUGACAAAUCUAAGCUACAUUUCUUUCCAAUACAAAAACCCUAAGUUCUCUACUACCUUUUCCUCGGUUGAUUCUUCAAAAUGUACUACUCUCCGUAUUACAGCUGAUUCUGCUCCAAAAGCUCGAUUUAUUGGUCGCCGGAAAGAGUCAUUAUCCGUUAAGCAGCUUCAACGUCCGCUAAUGGAGUAUAUGAGCUUGCCGGCGAGCCAGUACUCGGUGUUGGAUGCAGAAAGGAUUGAACGAGUGGAUGAUAGUACGUUCAGGUGUUACGUGUAUAGAUUCAAGUUCUUUGCAUUUGAAGUAUGUCCUGUUUUGUUGGUUAGAGUUGAGGAGCAGCCUGAUGGAUGUUGUAUCAAGUUGUUGUCUUGCAAGCUUGAGGGAUCUCCUAUUGUGGUCGCUCAAAAUGAUAAAUUUGACGCUUCUAUGGUGAACAAAAUAUCUUAUGAUAGCAAGCAAAGAGACUCACCUUUGCAGCAGCUCACUUCAGAUGCUGUUAUUGAGGUUAACAUUGAAAUUCCCUUUGCAUUUCGAGCAAUUCCAGUGCAGGCAAUUGAGUCAACUGGUUCUCAGGUCCUAGAUCAGAUACUAAGGAUCAUGCUCCCUCGGUUUAUGGCACAGCUAGUGAAGGACUACCAAGCUUGGGCUUCAGGUGAUACUUCGAGGCAGCCUCUAGGAACUGGUCAGAUUUGAAACAGCAAGAGUCAUCAUCCUAUGCAAGUCUAAAUUGGUUGCUUCUGUAAGUUAUAACUGUAAGAGAGCAGGAAGGUCUUUAGUGGAAACAAAUAUUCUCGGCCAGUUUCUAGCAGAGAAUUUGAUUUUCUCAACUUUAUGCUCGGUUAGUGGAUAAAUUGCAGCUCACUCCAGGCAAGUGUUCCGGCCAAGCGCCAAUCUCGAUGGAUAAUUUGUAUGUAUUGAAUUUUGUUGCCAAAUGACAUCUUUAAGCCCUGGGGCCUGGACAAAUUAUUUUCUUGAUAUAUUUGGUGUAAAGACAGUCUGACUGCUGUUAUGUAGGAGUUGUUACAGUCAAAUUAUCUGGACAUGUCUUCUCCUCUUUUGGUGGCGAUGACAUUUUCUUUAUUUAUAACAGUGGUGUUCAGACUA